AUUCUUCUCCAUGGAUGCCAGGACAUGAUCUGAUAAAAAACCAUAGAAAAAAGUAAACGAAAAAAUCCAAGUCGAAAAAGUUUCAUUUUAUUCUUAUAAAGGCGUACAGGAAGACUUUGCGGGAAUCCGUCUUCAAAAGAUUUGUUUUCCUGUACGCCAUAUUCCUUCUCCAUUUCAUGCAGCCAUGCACACAAAUAUAAAAAUAAUAUUGUUACUUAUAAGCCUGUUUUCAUUUUCCACUACCAUUUAUGGAGCAGAAAGUAAAAACUCGAAUUCAUUGUUGUUGGCUUGUGGAUCUGGAAAUGGUGGGAAAGAUUCAGAUGGUCGUGCUUGGGAAACUGAUAAGAAAUACCUAGUGAAUGGUGAAAAAUCCGUGCAGACAAAGGCUGAGAUCCAGGAUCCUUCAUUAUCUUCCGAAGUACCGUACAUGACAGCGAGAAUUUUCACUUCUGAAACAAUGUAUCAACUUCCCGUUCAAAAUGCGACAGCACGUACUUUGCUUCGACUGUAUUUCUACCCAUCUUCGUACCCGAAUUUCAACAUUUCCAAUUCGUAUUUUUCAGUAGUUGUUGGUGGAGUCAUCCUCGUGAACAAUUUCAGUGCUUUUUUAACUUCUGAAGCAUUGUCCCAGGCUUAUUUCAUUAAAGAAUAUUUCCUGGCCCCAUCAGAAUUUUCCACUCUUAAUGUCACCUUCAAGCCAUCUGAUAAACAACCCCAAUCUUUUGCUUUUGUCAAUGGCAUUGAGGUCCUUUCAGCACCAGAACUAUUCAGUACGGAACCAGAAAUUGUUGGGACUGGUGAAGUCAGUGAAGACUUAACUUGGGAUGCAGCCACUACAACUGUUUCACUGGAUGGUAUCAGCAUUGAAAAUUUGUACAGAUUGAAUGUCGGCGGGCAAUAUAUUUCCCCAAGUAAUGAUUCCGGAGGCCUAAUGCGUAGUUGGUACGACGACACUCCCUAUUUGUUUGGCGCUAGCAUAGGAGUCGCAGAAAAGGCCGAUGUGCCAGUUGGGUACAAAGGCUUGCCGUCAUAUACUGCACCAUUAGGCGUCUACUCAACAUUCCGUUUUAUUGGUCCUGAUGCGGAUAUAAACAAGAAUGUCAACAUGACAUGGAGAUUCCAGGUUGAUCCCAACUUCAUGUACCUUGUCAGGUUGCACUGGUGUGAUGCUGAAAUGACGAAAACUAAUGAAAGAGUUUUUGAUGUAUACAUCAACAAUCAGACUGCAGCAGAUACCGUUGACUUGUUUGCCUGGCAACAUUCUAUUGCAAGUCCUACAACGAGGGAUUAUGCAAUUAGAGUUACUGACAAUAACGGGGAUGCUGAAAUAUGGGUGGCGCUCCACCCAAAUGUUAAAGAUAGACCUCUAUAUUACGAUGUUCUUUUGAAUGGAUUGGAGAUAUUCAAACUAAGUGAUGAAAAAUCAAAUCUUGCAGGACCUAAUCCAAAGAUUUCAGAUAUGAUGAGGAAGUAUCAGGACAAACAAGCAGCAGCACCGAGGGCUUUUGCUCAUAAGAGUUCCACCACUACCUCGGCCCUUGUCACUGGUGCUGCUGGCGGAGCUGCUGCUUUUGGGGUAGCGGCUGCCAUUUUUCUUGUUGCCUACAAGAAGAAACAGAGAGUCCUUGGAGACACGACUAGCUGGUUACCAAUGUCCUGGAAUUCUAGUAAUUCAUCAGGGACAAAAUCAUCUGUUUCUGGCAAGAGUCAAGGCAGCACGACGAUUUCUUCAGAUGCUGCGUGUAACUGUCGCUAUUUCACCUUGGCUGAAAUAAAAAAUGGAACUAAAAACUUCAGUGACUCUAACGUCAUUGGGGUUGGUGGAUUCGGGAAGGUAUACAAAGGUGUAAUCGAUGGAGAUACCCCAGUUGCAAUCAAGAGAUCAAACCCAUCUUCAGAACAAGGAGUUAAUGAAUUCCAGACGGAAAUCGAGAUGCUUUCCAGGCUAAGGCACAGACACCUGGUUUCCCUGAUAGGAUUCUGCGAAGAUAAUAGGGAAAUGAUAUUGGUUUACGAUUAUAUGGGAAACGGGACUCUAAGGGAACAUCUUUACAAGGGAAAUAAAAUCAUUCUUUCCUGGAAACAGCGGCUGGAAAUUUGUAUCGGGGCAGCGAGGGGACUCCAUUACCUCCACACGGGGGCAAAGUACACUAUCAUUCACAGAGAUGUUAAGACAACGAACAUUCUUGUUGAUGACAAGUGGGUUGCUAAGGUUUCAGAUUUUGGAUUGUCUAAAACAGGUCCCAACAUGAACAAAGGCCAUGUUAGUACUGUUGUGAAAGGAAGUUUUGGAUACUUGGAUCCGGAAUACUUUCGAAGACAACAAUUGACUGAGAAAUCCGAUGUAUACUCAUUCGGGGUUGUUCUCUUUGAGGUACUCUGCGCGAGGCCUGCUUUAAAUCCAAGCCUACCAAAAGAGCAGGUCAGUCUUGCCGAUUGGGCUCUACGUUGUGCGAGAAACAAGACUCUAGAGGACAUCGUCGACCCCGGACUAAAAGGAAAAAUCACCCCAGAAUGCUUGAAGAAAUUCACAGAAACUGCCGAGAAAUGCUUGUCGGAUCAUGGCGUUGACCGUCCUUCCAUGGGGGAUGUUCUCUGGAAUCUAGAGUUCGCUCUGCAGCUGCAGGAGAAUCCCGAUUCAAACGUCACCACGCUUGGUAGCGACAGCAGCAGCAGCAUGGAUUAUCAAAAUGCUGAACAAAUUGAUCAGAACAACCUCAUAGCCAUGCAUCGAAAUACCUUAAAUCUUGGAAAUGACAAUGAUGCAAAUGAUUCAUCAGAUGAUAGCUUCUCACAGAUUGUCAAUCCAAAGGGCCGCUGAAAAUUCUCUGCACCAUCUUGUAUUCAUGAGAAUUUUAGAUGUCUAACAAAACAAAAUGCUACUUCGUCCGUAUUUAAUAAUGUAAAGAAAUAACAUU